AACAAGCAUGUACGGUUAUGUAUUACUUUAUUGUUGCUACAGAUUAUGAGAUAAUUUUGUGCUUGAUUAUUUCAGAACAGCCUAUAGCUUGUGCCUCAUGUCAACUGUCAACACGUGCUGACAUAACCCAACUUUUGAAAGUGCGUUUUAAUUUUUGAAUUGUGUUUUUUCAUACAGUUUUUGCGAAUAAUGAGAAAGAAAAACCGUAGUGCACCUAAAACCGUGACGGACUUUGAUCCUGAAUCAGAGUCGUUUCAACGGAAAAAAUGGUUCGAAGAGAUUGCCGAAGACCCUAAAGACUUUAAACCUGUAACUGAGCAAAUUCUUAUAGAACUGAAGGAAGAGGCGAAAAAGUGUCACGAUGCAGAAGUAGCAAAUUAUAACAUCAAAAAUUCCAAAAGUAAUUCCGACUACAAAUGGAUGAAGACGGUCAUGUCUAAAGGCACAGUUUCUGAUAAAAUCGCAGCCUCGGUGGUUGCAAUUCAGGACAAUCCUGUUUGUAGUUUAGACACGUUACAAAAUCUUGUGAACAUGGUUAAAGUUGGAAAAAAGAAAGAGUGUGUCACAACUAUUGACACUCUUACCGAAUUGUUUUUGUCCGAUUUAUUGCGACCUGAUCAAAAAUUGAAAGCGUUUCAUCAACGCCCCCUUGCUCUUUUGCAAGAGUUGUCAUCAGGGAAUGCUAUAACUCGUAGGAAGUUGCUCAGUAAUUGGUAUUUUGAGGACCAGUUAAAGGAGUUGUACACUACUUUUGUCCUGGCUUUGAAUAAUGUAGCUCAUGAUGUGCUUGAUAACAACAAGGAGAAGGCCAUAAGUUCGAUGUAUAAACUUUUGGCAGGAAAUCCGGAGCAAGAAAAGAAUUUGUUAACAUACCUCGUUAAUAAACUGGGCGACCCUUCACAAAAAGUGGCCUCAAAAGCCAUUUACAGCUUAGGACAGCUACUAUUCAAACAUCCCAACAUGCAAGGAGUUGUUUUAAGCGAAGUUGAGAAAUUAUUAUUCCGUUCAAACAUUUCACCGAAAGCACAGUAUUACGGUUUAUGUUUUUUGUCACAGUUUUAUUUAAGUCAUGAAUCAAACGAAGUCGCAAGAAGAUUAAUAGAAGUCUAUUUUUCCUUUUUUAAAGCUUGCGUGAAAAAGGGUGAAAUUGAUAGUCGAAUGAUGUCGGCUUUGUUAAUGGGGGUUAAUAGGGCGUAUCCUUAUGCCAAACUAGAAAUGGAAAAAAUUUCAGAACAUAUUGAUACAAUGUACAGGGUGGUGCAUAUUGCAAAUUUUAAUAUUAGUCUUCAUGCUCUUUCUUUACUGUAUCAAGUCUCCGAUCAUCACAAUAAUGUAACAGAUCGGUUUUACUCGGCACUUUAUAAAAAACUAAUCGACCCAAAAUUAUUUACAACAACGCAUCAAGCGAUGUUGUUGAGUUUAAUUUACAAAGCUCUUUUGAAAGACACCGAAACGACACGUAUUAAGGUUUUUGUUAAGCGUUUGUUACAGUUAUCUUUAUUGAUGCAACCUGCUUUUGCCUGUGGUGUAUUGUAUCUUAUUUCCCAAUUAAUGGGCAAAAAACAAAACAUUCAAUCGCUUGUUCUUAAACAAACAGUGUUGAAAAAUGACGGGUCUGACGACGAGGACGAGGAAAGAUAUCACGAUGUCAAGGACGAUGAAAUUGAAAUUAAACAAGAAGAUGAAGAGGGAAGUGGUGACGACAUAAAACCCGACGUUUCUGUUUUAAAUCAUGCGAUUAAACCAAGUUGGGAUCAUUGUGCUAACUCAUCCAAGAAGGAAAAAUCACCGACUUACAAUGCUUUAAGUCGUAACCCGCUUUAUGCAGGUGGCGAUUUUUGCGCCUACACUGAAUUAUUUGACCUAAAAAAUCAUUUUCAUCCAACUGUUGCACUAUACGCCACAAACAUAUUGGAUGGAAAUAUAAUUAAAUAUUCAGGGGAUCCCUUAAAAGAUUUUACACUGAUCAGAUUUUUGGAUAGGUUUGUUUUCAAAAAUCCGAAAAAAUACGAAGAGGGUACAGUUCAAGGAGCGCAUCCAACGUUUGGUAAAAGAAAAUUGUAUCUUCCUAAAGGUUUAAGGUCAUUGCGUGUAAAUUCAGCAAAUUAUUUGAAUGAAGAUUCGAAAAAUAUUCCUGUAGAUGAGAUGUUUAUGUAUAGUUAUUUACGGAAGAAGUACCACGACAGAGAGCAAGAUUUUGGUGAUAAAAGCGAUGAGGAUGAUAGUGAUUUGGAGUCGGUUCAAAGUGAGGAAUUUGAAGAAAUGUUGGAGAAAAUGGCUGGUCUUCCUAAGGAUGAUGAGGAAGAUUUGGACUUUUUGAAUGAUGUUGGAGAUAAUCUUAAGACUAACGGGAAAAGCCAAAAGGAUAAAAAACGGACAGAUGAUGAUGAUAGUGAUGACGAUGAUAGCGAGAUGGAGGAUGCUUCUGACGAAGAAUUGUCAAUGGACGAAGAUGAAGAUUUCGAUGAAGAUGACCUUGAAAUGAACGAUGAUGACAAAAUGCUUCUGGGUGACUUAGACGACGAUGAAGACGAGGAAGUUGUUUUUGACGAUGAAGAACCGAAGUCAGCAAAAUCAAAGAAGAAAAAAUCCAAAGACACAAACUCAAUAUUUGCAUCAGCUGAAGAAUUUGCCUCAUUGCUUGACGAUGAAGGUAGUUCGAAAAUAGCCCCAGGAAGUUCAAAUGCGUUAUCAAAUAAGGAUAAUGCGAGCACUAAACAACUUGCCUGGGAACAGAGUAGAAAUAGGUGGUUGAAGGGAUUUGAUGAAGUAGUUGGCAAAAAGAAAAAUAGUAAAGGUAGCAAUUUUGGCAAGAAAAGGAAAGGUCCAAAUAAAUUUAAUAAUAAGGCAAAGAAGAGGAAGAAUUAAUAAUCGACAAGGAAGCAGUCGAUUGCAUUUUAAUUAAUAUAAUUCUUUACGAAUCCACCA